UGAUAAGAUAAACAAAUAUCAAUGUAACAAGUUUAGCAAAUAAGUUAUUAUUCAACAGUUUUUAAUUAUCUAUGGAUUGUUAAUAUAAUCCAAGAAAAUAUCUUCUUUAAUAUUAUUAUUGUACGCCUAUAAAAGUUGAAACGACCAUGUUUUAUUUAAAUGUUCGUUCUCUAAAACAUCUUAAGUUUCUGAAUUAUGUACAUUUCUGUCAUAGAAAAAGCAGUGAUUUUUUAAUAAACGAUAAAAAGUAUUCAUUUCUCAAAGAACUUGGUUUAAAUGAAGAAAAUGUAGGUGUGUAUGAUGGAAAAUGGGAUGCAAAUGGAAAUAUUACUACAUCGUAUUGUCCCGCAAAUGGUCUACCAAUUGCUUCAGUACGUAAUGGUAAUAUUGAAGAUUAUAAUAGAUGUGUGUCAAAUGCUCUUGAAGCAUGGAAAAUAUGGUCGGAUAUACCUGCUCCAAAACGUGGUGAAAUUGUUAGGCAAAUUGGCAAUGCAUUUAGACAAAAAUUAGAGCCACUUGGAAAAUUGAUAUCAUUGGAAAUGGGUAAAAUUGUAGGAGAAGGUAUAGGCGAAGUUCAAGAGUAUAUUGAUAUUUGUGAUUAUGCUGUUGGUAUAUCAAGAAUGUUUAAUGGAUCUAUAUUUCCUUCUGAAAGACCAAAUCAUAUGAUGUUGGAGCAAUGGAAUCCAUUGGGACUAGUAGGAAUUAUUAGUGCAUUUAAUUUCCUUGCAGUUUAUGGUUGGAAUAGUGCUAUAUCCAUGGUAUGUGGUAAUGUUGUAAUUUGGAAAGGAGCCCCAACUACUUCUCUUAUUUCAGUUGCAACUACAAAAAUAUUAGAAUCAGUAUUAGAAAAAAAUGAUAUUCCGGGAGCUGUUUUAUCUUUAUGUACUGGUGAUGUUGAUAUUGGGGUAUCAAUGGUUAAUGAUAAAAGGAUAAAUUUAGUUUCUUUCACUGGAAGUUGUUCAGUAGGCCAAAAAGUUGGUAUGGAUGUACAAAAACGAUUUGGUCGUGUGUUAUUAGAAUUAGGUGGUAAUAAUGCUAUUAUUGUUACUCCUGAUGCUAAUCUUGAAAUGGUAUCACAAUCUGUAGUUUUUGCAUGCUGUGGAACAGCUGGACAAAGAUGUACCACUACUAGAAGAUUAAUUUUGCAUAAAUCGAUUUAUAACACUGUUUUGGUAAAUUUAGUUAAGGCGUAUUCUAAUGUUUUAAAAAGAUUAGGAGAUCCUCUUGAUAUAACUACUCUUUAUGGCCCCAUGCAUUCCUUAACUGCUGUUAAAAAAUUUAAACAAACAAUAUCUGAGGCUAUUGAGGCUGGAGGACAAGUUGAAUUUGGAGGAAAAGUCUUAGAUAGAUCUGGUUAUUUUGUAGAGCCUACUAUUAUAUCAGGUUUAAAGUAUGAUUCACCUGUAGUAUGCCGUGAAACGUUUGCUCCUAUUGUCUAUGUAUUAAAGUAUGAUACUUUGGAAGAAGCUAUUGCAUGGAAUAAUAGUGUAGAUCAAGGAUUAUCAUCUAGUAUUUUCACUAAUGAUGUUGGAACAGUAUUUAAAUGGAUUGGCCAUAAAGGAUCAGAUUGUGGUAUUGUCAAUGUUAAUAUACCAACAAAUGGAGCAGAGAUCGGUGGUGCAUUUGGUGGUGAAAAGCAUACUGGUGGUGGACGAGAGUCUGGUUCAGAUUCUUGGAAACAGUACAUGAGAAGAUCAACUAUUACAAUUAAUCAUGGAUCUGGAUUGACAUUUGCUCAGGGCAUUAAAUUUGAAUAAUAUAAUUUAAUACACAUUUUUGAAUGUUAACUAUAAAUAUUAAAUUAUUUAUAUUUAAUUAUAACUAUUUAGCAAAUACCAAGAUGAUAUUAUUUGUAAUUAUUUUAAACAUAAUAUUGUAUUCAAACAAUAUUAUAAUUGGCUAUUGUUAAUGACUAUGACAGUUAACAGAGAUUUCAUAAUAAAUAUUUAUAUGUAUACA